AUGACUGCUACUACCGCAUCUGCAGCUGCAACAGGGACGACUAGUACAACCACAUCUGCAACAACACCAGUUACAUCGUGUGAGGAUGGCUAUCUUUAUGUUGGCUGCUAUUUGGAUGACUGGGACAGAAUGAUCAAUGAUGAAUUUUACUGGAACACCUCCAUGACGCACGAAUGGUGUCUGGCGCGAUGCGGGCAGGGCAACUAUCUUUUCGCUGGACUUCAGAAUCAUUUGCAAUGUUUCUGUGGAAACUCCUAUGACGACGUGAAGUAUACAGCCCAGAACGAAGGGGACUGCGACGCUCCAUGUCGUGGCAACAUCAGCCAGGCUGCUUUAACAUCAGCUGUUUACUUCAUGGUUGUACUUUCCACAUGCAGUACAAAGGAUUGUGGACUUCAGUUGACGGAGAAGAUGAAGAGCAGAUCUAUCGUUUUAAGGAAACUUGACAUGAAGGUAUGCCAAACUGAAUGUAUUGAAGAUUCCUUCAUAUUUGCAUCCUGUCGUCGGUCAAGUGAGGAAUCCAAGAAGACUGAGAAGACGAGCAGAACCAGAGACCAUCCAGAGACUCAUCCCAGUGUCCUCACUGAAUCCUGUGUCUCCGCGGUCUGCAAUGAGACUUCCCAAUGUGUGGAUGAAGGCUGUAAGAAGGUCUGUAUGGAAGCUCCACCACUGUGUGACCUCCACACCGCCUCAAAGACUGGGGACUUGUCAAGGGUGAAACUCCUAUUGUCACAGGGACAGAGGGACAUUAAUUGUCAAGAAUGGAUUGGUAGAACACCAGUGAUGUGGGCAUCCGGUAGGGGACAUAGAGAAGUGGUGGAGUUACUUGCAAGUAAAGGGGCUAUCGUGUCACUUGUCGGUAGAUUCGGCAUCAACAUCCUUCACACCGCCUGUCUGGGAGGAGAUGAACAGGUGGUGAAGUAUGUCCUCUCACAGACCAUGUUGGACAUCAAUGGUAGAGUAGGGUGCGGGAGAACAGCUGUGAUGCUGGCAGCAGAGAACGGACAUAAAGACGUGGUGAAGUUGCUUGUAGAAAAAGGAGCUGUCAUGUCACUCGUGGAUGAAACAGGUGACAACGUCCUUCACUGCGCCUGUCGUGGAGGAGAUGAGAAAGUGGUGAAGUACAUCCUCUCACAGGAAAUGGUUGACAUCAACAGUCGAGGACACGGCAAGAGGACACCAGUAAUGGUAGCAGGAGAAAAGGGACAUAAAGAAGUGGUGGAAUUACUCCUUCACCGUGCCUGUUACGAUGGACGUGUGGACGUAGUGAAAGAUGUUCUCUCAUUGAACUCGGUUGACAUAAACAGCAGGGGAAACAAGAGGAGGACACCGGUGAUGGUAGCAGAAGAAAGGGGACAUACCGAAGUGGUGAAAUUACUAGUAAAACACGAAGCUAAUCUGUCAAUCAAAGAUGACCAUGGUAACAACAUCCUUCACUUGGCUUCUUACGGGGGACGUGUGGAUGUAUUGAAAUAUCUCCUCUUCCUGAACUCGGUGGACAUUGACAGCAGGGGAUGGGACGGGGGGAGGCCAGUGAUGGCAGCGGGAGAAAGGGGUCAUAAGGAAGUGGUAGAACUAUUCGUAGAACAUGGAGCUAAUUUGCUACUUCAUGAUAGAAAGGGGAACAAUGUUCUUCACCAUGCCUGUAACAGAGGACAUUUAGAUGUCGUGAAAUAUGUCCUCUCACUGAACUCGCUGGACAUAAACAGCAGGGGAUGGGAGAGGAGGACACCAGUGAUGGUAGCAGCAGAAAGUGGUCAUACGGACGUGGUGGCACUACUCGUAAAACAUGGAGCUAAUCUGCGAGUAACUGAUCGACUUGGUGACAACAUCCUUCAACGUGCCUGUUACACAGGACGUUUUGAUGUCGUGAAAUAUGUCCUCUCACUGAACACAGUGGACGUAAACAGCAGAGGAAAUAGGAAGAGGACACCAGUGAUGGUAGCAGGAGAACGGGGUCAUAAAGACGUUGUGGAAUUACUCGUAAAACAUGGAGCUGAUCUGUCACUCAGUGAAACAUCAAGAAACAAGAUCCUUCACAAAGCCUGUUUCCGCGGACAAUUUGAUGUAGUGAAAUAG